AUGAUAAAAAAAGGGAGUUUGAAACUUGGGAGCACGCGGCUCGCGAAAAGCUCUGUAUCAAAUGUAAAAAUGGAUAAUCGAGCAAUAAACAAAGAAAAAGAAAAAAGAAAAACAAAAGAAAAAUUAAACAGAUUAAAAAUGUAUAGAACAAAAGCAGAUUUAAAAAAAAUGAAUGCAAAAAUUAAUGAGGUGCGAAGAAUAGAGCCAAGUAUAAAAUGGUUUAAUAAUACAAGAACUAUAAGUCAAAACAAAUUAGAAAUAUUUAGAAAUAAAUUAGAAGAACAUACAAAUGAUCCUUUUAGUGUUGUAAUAAAAAGAUCAAAAUUACCAAUGGAAUUAUUAAAAGAUGAAAAAGAUUGUGUAACUAAAAAAUAUAAAAAUGAUAAUUUUUUAAAAAUAGAAAAUUAUAAUGAUAUUUAUAGUAAAAAAAAAAAAAGAAAAAAACCCAAAUUAAAUUUUGAAAGUUUAGAAGAAUAUGCUAAUAAUGCACAACAAAAAUUACUAAAUUACGAAACCGAUAAAGAUAAUUCAUUAGUUCAUAAAAAAACGAAUGUAGAAAAAAAAUAUAUAAAAGAUCAUUUAUUAAAGAUCGGUCAAUCUAAAAGAAUAUGGACAGAAUUAUAUAAAGUAAUAGAUAGUUCUGAUAUAAUAUUAGAAGUGUUAGAUGCACGAGAUCCUAUUGGUACUAGAUGUAAAAAAUUAGAAGAAAAUUUAAAAAAAGAUAGAGCACAUAAACAUAUUAUUUUAAUCCUUAAUAAAGUUGAUCUUAUACCAACAUCAGUAGCAGAAAAAUGGAUCAAAAUUUUGUCAAAAGAAUAUCCAACAAUUGCUUAUCAUGCAUCUAUAAAUAAUCCAUUUGGAAAAAGUGAUUUAUUUAAUAUUAUAAGACAAUAUUCACAAUUUUUUAAAAACAUGAAAAAAAAACAUAUACAUAUAGGCUUAAUCGGAUAUCCAAAUGUGGGAAAAAGUGCAGUUAUCAAUUCUUUGAAAAAAAAAGUUGUUUGUAUAUCUGCAUGUAUACCUGGUCAAACUAAAUAUUGGCAAUUUAUAAAAUUAACAAAUAAAAUAUAUUUAAUUGAUUGUCCUGGUAUUGUCCCAUAUGAUAUUGAAGAUUCAGAUAAAAUUUUACGAUGUACGAUGCGAUUAGAAAAAAUUACAAAUCCACAUUAUUAUAUUGAUGAUAUUUUUAAAAUGGUUAAUAAAUCUCUUAUUCUUAAUCUCUAUAAAUUACCAGAUGAUUUGACAUUUUCAAACUCUGAAGAAUUCUUAGAAAUACUUGCAAAAAAAAUGGGAAAACUUCUUAAAGGCGGUGAACCUGAUAUUAUAUCGGUAUCGAAAAUUAUGAUUAAUGAUUGGAUAAAAGGAAAAAUCCCAUAUUUUGUCAAUCCAGAUGAAUAUGUUGAUUCCACAAAAGGAAACUCCACCCUUACAGAUUUGGAAAAACCCAUUGAUACUCAAGAUAAAGUCGAAAAUAAUGCAGAAAAUGAAGAAGAAAUGGAAAAUGUUGAAAAAUGA